CUUCCUGCCUCGUCCACGUGGUGUGUCAACCGACUGCGAUGGAGAGCGAAGACUGGAGCUCCGUGGCCUCGGCCGUGCACGCAGCGCUGCCCGAAGGCGCCUACUCGCACCUGCACUGGGCCGCCACGGUCGACUUUGACCAGCGCGUCGUGCACGCGACGGCGACGUACACCCUCGCGGUCGCGCCGACAAACGGCCUCGUCCCGCUCGAAGUCAACGGCCUCGCGAUCCGCGCCGUGCGCAUCAACGGCGCCGAGAGCGCGACGCAGGUCGUCGCCAACCCCGUGCCUUCGGGCCACUCGAUGCUGCUCAUCAACCUCCCGCCCAACACACUCGCGCCCUUCACCAUUGCCAUUUCGUACUCGACGGCGCCCAACGGCCUCGCCUGCCACUGGCUCGACGAUACCAAGAGCAGCGACGGUGGCACGUGGCUCGUCACGCAGUCGUACCCGUCGUACGCCUCGGCGCUGCUUCCGAUUCCCGCUGCGCUCUGCAUGAAGUACCCCUACACGGCCGAGAUCACAACCUUGUCCUCGACGAUCGCUGUCGUGAGCGCGCCAACGCGAGGCGCCGCACCGACGCUGGCCGAGAAUGGCAUGCAGACGUGGACGUAUCGGCAGACAUUGCCCGUGCCAUCGCACGCCCUCGCGCUCGUCGUCGCGCCCAUGGAGCUCUUCUCGCUCGCGCCGCAAAUGUCGACUCUCUUUGCGACCGAAGACAUUGAAAUCGAAGCGACGUUCGACGCCGUGUCGCAGCUGCCGCUGCACCUCGAGCUCGCAGAGGCGCUCACGGGCCACGAGUUUGUCUGGUCGGAACUCAACAUUGUGAUUGUGCCCGCCGAGUUUUGCUUCCAGACGGCGCUCUACCCGUGUCUGGUCGUGACGACCCAAACGUGUCUGACGCGCUCGCUUCUCGUCGAAAGCGUUGCCCGACACUGGUUGUCGUUCCUCGCGCCGCACGAAACGUGGCACGACGUCUGGCUGAGCGAAGGCUGGGCAAAGUACCUCUGGCUCGAACUCCUCAAGCAGCUGGACGGAAGCGAGGUCGAGACGACGGAGCUCGUUUGGUCGGGCUACAACCAGCUCUGCCACGCCUUCGACACCGAGUCGCCUGCCAACACGCGUCUGCGCAUGGACCACCACUCGAUGGAUCGCUUCAGCGUCAUUGCCCGGGAGAAGGGCUACCUCUGCCUCCUCGCGCUGCAAGCCAUGGUCGGGAAGGACACGUUUGACUUUUUUGUGUCGGCCUACAUUUCUGGGUUUGAGACGGGCAGCGUCACGAGCGAAGAGUUCAAAAUGUACUGCGAAGAGUACUUUACUCUGGUCGAGGACAUUCCGCUCUCGAUCGAGUGGGAGCACUGGUACCACGCACUCGUCGACCUGCCAACGCCCAGUAGCAUUGCCCAGUGGCUCGGGCAGCCCGUGGACCCCGUAUUGACAAUGGAGCUGAGCCAGGUCACGUACGACGAGCUCUCGGACGGGCAAAAGCGUCUCGUGCUCGAGAGUCUCUUCCUCAAGGGUUCAUGCGACUUUAACGCAGUGAACGAGUGGUCCCAGAACGAGUUUGCUUCGCAGCCGCAGUGGCAUGCACUGUGGACACGCUUGCACAUUCGUCACCGGGCGUGGAAGGUCGACGACCCAACGACGCUGCCGCGGCUGGUGACGUUUGUAAGCAGCCUUGUCAAUGUCUACACCAUUUGCGACGUCCUGGCCGAGAUCCAAAACUACUACGGCAUGAACGUGCUCAUGGACGUCUGGGAAGGCUGCAAGGAAGCCAAGACGACGGGCGAGCCGUACCACCCUGUCGUGCUGCAGCGUGUGGCCGCUUUGCUACCGCCCCCGUCGCCCGUUCUGGCCCCCGUUGCCCCACUGGAGCCCAUUGACGACGGCAACGACGAGCCUGCGCCGCUUGAAAAGCUGGACCUUGACGCACCCGUCGUCGUUGCCGCCGCACCCAAAGACCGGUCGCUCACCAAGCCCAAGCGGUUCAAGAAGGACACGGGUUCGGCGCAGUGGAUGGCGGUCGCGCUUGGCGUCUGCGUCGUGGGCCUCGGCGUCGGCAUCAACUGGCUCUCCAAGAAGCGCUAGUUGCGUCAUGUAACCAACCAUAAUGUCAUAGAUCGUCCCCAUA